ACUUUCGCACAAAGACGCGAUCUGACACUUGCGGCUCUCUUUGUUACCUACAUCGUGACCUGCCUUGCUGUGCCUGUGGCUUUCUACGACAAGCUGGAUUGUGAAGAAGGACUCCCGUGGGAGAUCCACUUCAUUUUCCUAAGCGUGUUUCUGCUGACCAAAGGCUGCGAACUCUAUUUCUACCGGACAGACCCAGGUCUGUCCGGACCUCUGCCGGUGUUCACUCCUGGGAGCCUCUUUGGCAUCACUGGUGGCUUCGCCUUCAAGUUCACGAUGUCCUUCAUGGCCUACUUUGAUGGCUACCAGGAUGCGCUCGCCACCGCGACCGCUUUUCGCUGCGAACACCCAGUGUCUCAAGAGCUGGCUCCAUAUAUGAUGGGCUAUUUCAUGAUCGGCGUUGUGGCACUGCAAUGGGGCUUUGUGGCUUACUUAGCGUUGCAGGACCCAACGAGGGGCUGUGCCUACAAGCUGUUACACAUGGAGACGGUCUGCGCGCGGCUGACGUUGCCCCCUUCGCACAAGAAGACCUGGGUACUGAUCCAGGCGGCGCGCACAGUAGGAGAAGACAUCCCGCAGAGCUUGACCCAGGGCCUCUUUGUUUAUUUGGUCAAGGGCAAGCCCUUCAUGAUCCUCUCCAUCUGCUGUUCCGUGGGAAGCUCUCUGAUGGCCGCAAAGGAUGCCCUAACGCGGCGUUUGCUGGCUUCCGGAGAUGUCCAGAAGCAAGCCCUCUUGCAAGCAGCCGAUGAGCAUGUUCAGAGCUUCUACUGCUCCGUGAGUUUUGCUGACCAAAUGGGCAUCUCCAAGGUGGUGGUGGUGACGAGAUCGGGCCGGCAGAGCCGUUUGUUCGGCGGUCGUGAGGAGUGCGACCAGGCCCUCGUCCUGAGGACUUCCGAGUACAUCACGCAGGUUCGUGUGGCCCAUCACGGGCAGGUGGUGUGGUGUCACCAUCUCCAAGCCAUCGAGGUCACAACCAGUGAGAAUCGCACACGGUUCUUUGGCCGGCAGGUCCCGUCGUUUGAUUUCGUGCGACGAGCUGACGAGGGCAAGCAGAUAGUGAGUCUGCAGACAAAGGUCGACCGCAACGGCGUCAGGAUUCUCGACAUCGUUCAAGCCAAGAUCCCGCUCAUGCUCACGCGCAAGAACCCAGAACCAAGCGAAG